AUGAGAUAUAGGCUUUUUCCUGCCCUACAUUUUUUAAGUUAUCUAAGAAAAAUCCACAUAUAUUAUUCACCUCAAAGAUGUGAGAAAGCGGACGUGGCAAGGAGAUUAAUUAUAUUUUGCUCGUCUCAAAAAAUUAAGGAGAGAUAUCCGAUGCUUACAGUAACAUGGGAAUUAUUAGCUUAUGAAAACCCCCCAAUGAUAGAGGUUGAAUAUUUUAAUGGAGAGAAGGAAAAGAUAAAUAUAGAAUAUUUCAGCAACACACAGAAGAAGAAAAUUUUAGACGAGUGGAAAUA